AUGGCGGACGAGGGCCAGGGGGAAGACGAUUCCAAUUCUUCUGGGUGCUCGUACGUGACGUUGACCCCUGGCGAUGCAACCCACUUCCCAGGCAAGGGGUACACAGUGAGCGUCCACUACGUCGGAAAGUUGGAAACAGACCAUUCAGUUUUUGAUUCAAGCCAUGCGAGACACGCACCCCUCCAGUGCAAGAUCGGGCUUGGACAACUCAUCAGAGGGUGGGAAGAGGUUCUCCCCAAGAUGAGCGUUCACCAGAAGAUACGGUUGACCGUACCGCCAGACUACGGGUACGGGAUGAACGGCUACCCUCCGAUAGUGCCGGCGAACGCCACCUUGAUCUACGAGUUGGAACUCUUGGGGUUCGCUGCGCCAUAGUGAAGCGCAUGCGAGCACGGAAGAAGUCUCGUGUGUUGGAGUUUCACAUGAAUGAAUGAGGAUCAUUUCGAUCUUUUCAUUGUCCGGAAUUAAACCAAAUGUCGUUUGUUAGUUGCCCUGUUGCCGAAGACUAGUGCACUGCAUGCCAACUUGAGUCGUGUAAUCACGAGGGGCCUUGUGACCGCGAUGCACAUUAGCUGUUCGUUGUAAGUUUGUCACUGGCGGGUGCUUCAACCAUCCUCUACCUACGACCGCCAUUGCUCGCAGUAGUAUCACGUACCGCACCUACCAUUGGGCUUCUCAACUCUCGGGAGCCACGUGUCAACGUCACGCAAAAUUAUAUUUCUAUCCCCUUGAGGUGCUUGUACCUUCAAUUUCACGAUAAUGGUGCGGCAAUCGUCGUCGACCCUCCUGCCCGCUCGUCCACCAUGUAUUUGAGAAAAAAGAUCUUCGGUAAUUCGUUGUUAAGUUGUUAUGCACUUGACUUUAAAAAUCGCCAUUCCGAUCCUCACAACAUCUCGUCCUCUUCGACGCUCUUCGAAGGCCAACGAACGAACUUCCUUGGCUGCAAAAACAUGACCAGAAGAAGCUACUUCUGUACCAAAACCAAUAAAAAAAAAACUCAAAAAAAUACCUAGAGGGUGAGUCCUACCAUCGGUGAGCAAACCCAAGCGCCUAGCGGCAUAGUGUGUCUCGCAACAAGUGCGAUGGGCCUGGAUCACAAUACAAUAAAAUAUAAAAAACGGGAAGCGGAGUCAAUUUCUCCAUUUGGAAGCGAAGUCAAGAACAGACUAUCCUAAACGGUAGUACAGCAAAACAUCCCUGUAGACCACCCAUCUUACAUGUAGCACCCCUAAGAAGCUGUGCAUGCAACCACGCAACCGAACGUCGCCACGCGUGAACAUCCUCGGGUCCCACAACAACAAAACCAUCGUCAUCUCUAUCCGGUUGCCAUACACAGCAAAGAGCGCUGACAAAUAUAUGUGCCUCCCAUUUUCCAUACCCGCCCCCCCCCCAUGCAGAACACCGGUUCGCGAGAAAGCCGGCAAAUUACGUCACGCGUAAGCAACACGGUAGGGCACGGACAAGUGUGGAUUUAAAUGCGAGCGGCGUGUAGAGCACCCGUGAGAUGUUCCACGGAACAACGAUAAAACAGAUAUGAAAACAUAAGAACAUAAGGCCAGACCACCCC